AUGCUGUUCAAAUCACUAGCUGCUCUCGCAGCCAUCCUGCCAUCCGCCUUCGGUUGUCCCCACGAGUCACAUAUGCGCAAGAGACAAGCCGCAAAUGAGACUAUCGAGAAUCCGGAGUGGGCGUAUGAGGCCAGUUACAACUGGGGACGCCUUGAUCCGAUGUACGCUCUUUGUCAGACCGGCACACAACAAUCACCUAUUGCUCUUUCACUCGGCAAUGGCCUGUCUCUCAACCACAUCCCUACCUUCCACAACUAUACCGGCAAUGUCACUGGCAGAUUCCGCAACUGGGGCUACGGACCUGCCUUUUCCCUUAGUCAUGAUGACUUGACAUCGAACCCUUCGUUCACGUACGACAACGAAACUCUCUACCUUCUCGGCUGGCACAUCCACGCGCCUGCCGACCACUCCGUUGGUGGUGACCGUAGCAAGGCAGAGAUGCACUUUGUCCAUGCCGAUGCCUCCGGCCACGAAAAAGCCGUCCUGGCCUUCCGUCUCGAUCCCGGUAACAGCGAUGCAGCUUUCUUCAGCCAGCUACCUUCCAUGAUCGGCUUCAACGAGACUGACACCGAGUACGAGCAAGAAAUCAGCAUGGAUGUUGAUCUCGCUUUGGCUUCUGUUUUGCACUUCAACGAAUUCUGGACCUACCAGGGCAGCCUGACUAGCCCUCCUUGCCGUGAGGGUAUCCGUUGGUUCGUGGCUAGACAAAUUCUGUUCACUGGUGUCAAGCAGAUGCAGGCGAUCUUGGGUGCUAGCACUUACUCUGCUAGAGCUGAGCAGGAGGUUUGGCAGCACAGAAUUAACGAGUCAGGAGGAGCCAACUUGCUCGGGAGAGGAUGCCGUGAGGGCUCUGAUUGUUGUUGA